GAAGAAAGCUUGUUUACAUAUCCGCCUAAAUGCGUUCCAUUUACGGCGCGAAAACCCGGACCUGGGUCUGGAUUUAAAGCCGAACCUGAUUCCGGGUUUUGUGUCUAAUGGAAGACGCCUGAAAUGAUGUGAUGAUGAUGAGUAAAUGUAGCGCGUUUUGGGGGAUAUCUCGCUAUAUUUAGAAUUUUGCGUUAGCACCACUGACUGGGCGGCAGGGUUGUGUUGUGAAAUUUUCUAGGGGUGUUGUUGGGAAAAAAGAACUGAGCAGUGUAGGCUCUGGUGGCUGUGGCCCCACAACUUAAGUAGCCCCAUAAAACACUCCAAAAGAAAAGAACUGAGCAGCGAAAGUGGAGUGAAAAGUGUAAUGGUGGAAAAUAGCAAAAGGGCAUCGAAAAGCAAAAGCAGGGAAAGAAAUAUCACCUGUUCAGAGUGAAGUGCAGUGUGCACUGUGAAGUAACUAAGUGUGUUGUGAAGUAUAAAAGUGUGGAGGAGGAGGACCUAAGAAGCGAUACAGAGCGUUACAGGUCAAAAGAAGAAGAAGAAGCCGCGGGGAGGCACUACACUUUAUUUUACAUUUUCUUUGUUUAAAAUGCUUACGUACACAGACGCACCGACCGCAUAGAAGUGGAUGAAAGUGCAAAGUGCAAUCUACACACAGCAAAAUGAAUGAAGAUGAUGACUGGGAAGAGCUUGAUGAAAAUGCCAUGGAGGAGUGCAUGGUGUUGGCAACACAACUGUGCUCAAAGCAACCAUCACACUACAGUGCUGCUGAUGAUGCCCAAAACAACACCCAGCAUUUGAAGACACAACAUUUUAAAAGUUUCAGUGAAGCAGACAAUGGAAGGCAGUCCAAUUUAAUUAGUAAUGAAAGCCUUAGCAAUGUUCAUGACAGUGGAGUGUGCAGUUCGAGAAACAGUAAUUUGCAUCAAUCAGUAUCAAAUUCAUCACGCAUUUCACAUCCACCAGUAUCUAACUCGAGAAACAGUCUAAAUCAAGUAGCCAACACUAGCAGUACAGCAAUUCAGAAGAAAGAGCCUCCUCAAAAUAAUUACAGAAGUCGAUUUAGUGACUUCUCUUCUACCACAGUUAAUAUAGGUUUGCCUCAUACCUCACUGACUAGGAAGUCCUCAAGUUCAGGAAAAGGUCAGGUUCCUCUUGUGACGAGUACAAAGGGAAGUCCUAGCAAAAUGAGAAGUCCUGGUGAGACCAUGACUGAGAGUGAUGGUAAUGAGGAAAAUGCUCACUUGUUGCACAAAGCUCAAGAAGAAAAGAAAAAGCUCGUUGAGAGGAUUAUCACCAUGCAGGGAGAGAUAUCAUUGUUGCGAUCAGAACUAAAGCGGAAAGAGACUGCUCUGGAGGCAGAACGACUGGAUCAUUGUGCUGCAAUUGAGGCAGCAGAAAAAAGAGGAAGAGAAAAGGUAGCUAAGCAGACAGUAGAAACAAACACCAAACUUAAGGAGAAGGGGGUCCUGCUUGACAAAUUACAAGGAGAACUUCACUUCAAGAAGAGGGAGGUUGAGGAACUACUGAUUCGUUGUCACCAGCUAGAACAGCUGCCUGAGUCGUCACAAACACCUGGACCUGCAAAGAAGAGGCCAAGGAUUGAAAGGACAUCUACAGACUCUACUAUUUUAUCAAGAUUUGAUUUUGGUGGCCAAGGUGCAGCCAAAGUAUGCAGUGUUGAAGUACAGACGGAAUCCUUUGAGUCAAAAAAGUUUCAGAGAACCAGGCUUGAUGUGGCUCUGCCAAAGGGAUGGAUUUGUCAGAUGAGGAGCGUUGCUACUCUCCUCUCCUCUUGUGCCCUAGCAUCCACCUCUCCUGCAUCAUCUACUCUACUUGCUGCACACUGUGGUACCUCUGAUAGCUGGAGUUUACCCUCAGAGUGGCUAACUCUUAUCUCACAGGCAUUAAGAAAGAAUGAUGUCAAUAUCGAACAUAAUCUGGUCACCCUUGCUGUUGAGCGGCUGCUGCAAACCCACACAAAAGUCUCAGAUUAUGAUGUUGAUCACAGGAGAGCCACACACAUUUGUGAAGAUCCAACUGAGUGGUAUGAAAGUCAAGUUGGUCCAGCCAUUCAGAUUCUCUCACAUUUCAAGUUCACCUCAGAGCUUAAUGUCCUCAAAGCUAUUACUGCUCACCUGCCACCUUUAAGUUAUAAGGAUGUUGUUGUAAAUAGAAGGAUACGUGUGAAGUUACUGGAGGCUGCUGAGAGGGUUUUCAAAAACAUGAAAUGUCAUAUGGAAAGAACAUAUUGUGAAUCCUUAUCCUUGUUGAGGGAGUGCUGUGGAAGCAUUGAGAGUGACAAGGAGGCCAGAAUACUCAUGAAGAUUACCUCUGCCUUGAUUCCUCACAGUCAGCUAUGUAUUGCCACAGGUGCUUGUCUGAUUGGCCAGCUCUGCAAGAAAGUGAAGAAGCUUUGUGUUGGUGAUUUAGGAACACUGAGAGUUUUGCUGGACCUGACAUGGGGUGUAGUGAAGGUUGCACCAGCCUCAUCAUGCCUCAGCUCUCCUUGUCCUUGUUCCUCACAGCUUCUUGGAACAUUCCUUUGGCACAUGUAUCAAGUGCUAGAAUCAUAUCAUCUUCCAGGUGGCUGGGGGAUUUACCCCCUCAGGGGUCCUGAAUUCCUUCCCAUGGCUAUCAGUUAAUCCAGCCCCUCAUCGGGGUUGGUUGGGAAUGGGCAUGGAACCCCUCACCAGAAAACUUCAUAACCAAACACAAGUAAAAAAGUAAAGGUCUGGAUUGCAGCUCAUUUCAACCCUGAUCUGAUUCUGCCCGGAGGGCCUGACCAUACAGCAGAUUUCCUUGAUGCAUCCUCAUCAGGCAAGCCUGACAUGAGUGAUGGGUGCAGGGCAAAACCUUCUGGAGCCCUGAAUAUUAAGGGGGGUUGUAAAAUCUCAAAUCCCAUGUUAAAUUCCUUAUGUUCUAAGCGUAUCUUCUCCCUUAUUUACCAGCCGAUUUCUUUCAUUCAAAAAGCAUUUUAAUCAGGAAGGAUGGAAGAUUAACGCUUGCUAUUGGUAAGUUUUAUACAAUAGUAAAAAAUAUUUUUUAAAGUUUGAUGAAAUAAUAAAAAAAGAAUUGACAUAUUUUUCAAAAAUCUAAAUCAACUUCAAACAAUAGUUCCGAUAGCAAACCCUAUUCCUGACACAUAUUUUCAUAAGCUGCAGUAGGAGAUAUGUGUAUAACAAGAAGUGCAAUGGAGGAGAUAUUUUUUAAAGUGCAAAAUCAUGGUUUUAAGAUAUCAAGCAAUGAAGUUGAAAUAUUUUUUGUAUUUCACCUAUUCCAACUAGGGACUUGAAAUCCACAGGAUGCAUACAUUAGCAUAUGAAGAAAAAAGCAGACAUGGUUUCCUUAACUUACUUUCAUUGGAUGCUUUGUUUACCCAUUGUUACGUCUUUUUUACGAGGUCACAAAUGCAUGUGCUCGAAUUUGCCAUAUUUCAAAGUAAAAACCAGUGUUCUACUGUGUAAAAUCAAUAAAAUAUAAUUCAAAAGACAUCUGAGGCUGAUACAUGAGUGUUUUGUUGGAUUUAUGAAAAAUAUAAUAUAUAAAUUGAUUUUUCACAGUUAAUACAAAAAUAUAUUAGUGACUACUAAAAUUUCCCAUUUUCUUGACUAGUGGUGUGAGAGAACCUAAGGGUAUCAUGACAGACCAUGAAAAAAAAAUCCUAAAAUUAAAAAGGGGUGAAAACAUGGAUUGUAAGCUAAUGGCGCUGCGCGGAAGCUCAUUGCAGGACGUUGCAUUGCAUUGCAGUGCAUGUUGCAUACCACUAUUAUUUUUUCAUCAUAUUCAUUCAUAUACCAAAAGAAAGGAGAACAUUCGCAGAAUUUUAUAAGCCAAAAAAAAAAAUAAUAAUAAAAUAAAAUAAAAAAUUUCAGGCCUACCAUUUACUACCCUCCCUUAAAGGAGGAAGGCUUCUCUGACCCCUCCUUUUGUUUGGGGUAUGGCCAGGGAGAUGCAGACGCAGCACCCACCCCCAGAACCAGGCCCAGAGUUAACCUUCAAUUCAGAGGGCUCUGCAUGCAGGCUCCUGGAAUGUCCUGAGCCUCUCAGAGGAUCACUGAUUGCUGGACCUAUUAAAUUAUUCUUAUACAGUCGGCCCUCGAUUUAACGGAUUAAAAGGGGGGAAGGGUGGUCCAUUGCUUGAAAAAGUCCAUUGCUUGAAAAUACUUACAUACGAUAAAUACCGGUAUACAAUAAAAUUACUGUUAAAAAAAACGUAAAAUGAUACAGACAAACCUAAUAAUAAACGUAGGUAUAUAGUUCUUUUAUUGUGUAUGUUGUCUGUUUAGGUGGCGUUCAUAACUCGUCCCGUUCAAGCUCUCUCUGUCCGAGCUCCGCAAGAGGACCAAUAAAACAAACCGCACUUCUUCUUUUGAUCUGUUCUGCGUUAGUGCCAUAAGACAGGCACAGCCUAACUAGCUCCAUAGAACACUCCAGAAGGGGGCAUAUUGUUUACGCAUAUGGGUAAAAUUCUACAAGUGUGCUAGUCUUGCAUGGGCAGACGAAACAUUUUUUUUUCUAUAGUUUUCAGUGUGUUAUGAAAUAAUGUGAUAAUUGUUUCUGUCACAAAUCAUUAAAUACUGACUUUUCAAUGGCUGUUGCACCCACCGCUGCCCGCUGACGCAAAACAACUCACAGAGAGAGGUUCAAAAUGCAUACUGUCUAUUCAUUUCACUCACUGCUCACACUCGGAAGUGGACACACUAAUUGAACAAAACCAGGUAAAUUAAUGUUUUUCCUGCUAUGUAUUCCCCCCGUACGCAUGCGUGGUGGACAGCAGUGUGACUUGUUUUUGCAAGGAGAUAUUUCUCGCAACACAGGUCCACACACACAGAACAACUAAAGUAAGAG